AUGUAUCAGAUUACUAAUAAAACCAUAGAAUGUAAUAGAAAAGAUGGUGACAAAAAUAAUAAUACCUCAGACAAAAAUGUCCGUAUAAUAUUUUCGUCUAUAAAAGGAGACGAAGUGAAUUCGUUAGCUCAAUAUUUAAAAAUAUUUUCGGAAAAUAGCAUAAAUUUAAAGCAUAUUGAAUCUCGUGCUUCCUUAAACGAACAUUCGGGAUUAGAAAUUUUCGUUGAAUGUGAACCUUCAGAAAAUUUGAACCAAGUAAUUUUAUCACUUGAGAGUGAAACCUCUCGUAUAAGGAUCUUAGAUAAUAUUGAUGAAAUUCCUUCAUUUCCACGAUGUAUUCAAGAUUUAGAUCAAAUAACAAAGGAAAUUUGGUCAUCAGGUGAAUUGGAAGCCGACCAUCCGGGUUUCACCGAUGAAGCAUAUCGAAAACGAAGAAAAUAUUUUACAGAUGUUUCAAACAGCUAUAAAUCUGGUCAACCAUUACCCCGAGUGGAAUACACUGCCGAAGAAAUUGCUACUUGGGGAUCAGUAUUUCGCAAGUUAAUCGAAUUAUAUUCAACUCAUGCAUGUAAAGAAUACAAUCAAAUUUUUCCAUUAUUAAUAGAACAUUGUGGAUUUCGUGAAGAUAACAUUCCACAAUUAGAAGAUGUAUCAAAUUUCCUAAAAAGGCGAACAGGAUUUCAAUUAGGACCAAUAGCUGGUUUAAUUUCGGUGCGUGAUUUUUUAGCAGCUCUUGCAUUUCGAAUAUUUCAUGCAACACAAUAUAUUCGACAUCCAAGUCAACCAUUAUAUACACCAGAACCAGAUAUUUGUCAUGAACUAUUAGGACAUGUUGCUUUUCUUGCCGAUUCAAAUUUCGCACAAUUUGCACAAAAUAUUGGUUUGGCAUCUUUGGGUGCAUCUGAUGAAUAUGUCGAAAAAUUAGGAGCAUGUUUUUGGGUUACCUUUGAAUUUGGAUUAUGUACUGAAAAUGUAAAACUUAAAGCAUAUGGCGGAGGACUAUUAAGCUCAUUUGGUGAACUACAAUAUGCGAUUGAAGGAAAAGCAGAAAUGCGUCCAUUUGAUCCAAUUAACGCAGCGAAAGAAUCUUUAACAAUAACUUCUUAUCAGCCAAUGUAUUAUGUAGCGGAAAAUUUGAAAGAUGUUAGGGAUCGAAUGAUACAAUUUUCAAAAACAAUACCGAAAAAAUUUGGAAUUCACUACAAUCCUUAUACACAAAAUAUUGAGGUUUUAACUUCAAAAACUCAAGUACAAUCAUUACUUGAAAAUCUUCAUCAGCAAACUGAUGUUUUGCUGGAUACUUUAAAAAGAGUGUAGGUAAUCU